AUGGGUGACCCGCAGUACAUGAAGUUCCCCGACCUCAGACUGGCCCAGUCCGUCUUCACCCUCGCCUCGCCCUCUGCCUCGUCGUCAGCGAAACAAUCCUCCCUCACAGCCCUCCAAGAUGCCAUCCGAGAGCACAAGAUGGCUCCUCUCUACCACUACCUCGCACAUCCCCAGACCGGCAAGCUGAACGCCUCGGGAGAGUCUGGCUCCAGCCAAAAGACCUCAUCAUCCUCGCCCGUACCCUCGCUACGAAGAACAUCCAGCAUCAACACGACCAGCAUCAUCGGCGUUCUGGGCGGUUUUAAGCAGACCGGUGGAGCCGACUUGCCAUGGGACGAGAAGCUGUACGAAGAGAUGAAGCGCGAGAACGAGGAAGAGCUGGCCGCCAUCCAAAAGGAGGAGGACGAAGCCGCCGAGCGCGAAGGCGACACCGAGGUCAACACUGCCCGUGGCAAGCGCGCAGAGCUGUAUGCCCGCAUUGGUGACAAGGACAAGGCUCUCGAGGCUUUCGAGAAGCUGCUGGAAAAGACUGGCAUCCUGGCCUCCAAGAUCGAUAUCGUGCUGGCCAUCAUCCGCAUCGCCAUGUUCUUUGACGACAAGAACCUGGUCAAGAAGAGUGUCGAGCGCUGUUCGGCCUUGGUCGAGUCUGGUGGUGACUGGGACCGUCGCAACCGCCUAAAAGCCUACCAAGGUCUCCACCUCAUUACCAUCCGCUCCCACGCUGCCGCCGCUCCUCUCCUUCUCGACUCUCUCAGCACUUUCACCGCCACCGAACUUUGCUCAUACAGCAAUUUGGUUGUUUACGCCGUCCUCGCUGGCAGCGUGGCCCUGCCUCGCCGUGACUUCAAGUCGCGUGUCGUCGAUGCUCCCGAGAUCCGCGCCAUUGUUGGGUCCGAAGACAGCAACGAGAGACUUGCCGGUCUUUCUGGCGCCGUCUCGUCGCACCCAUCAGCCGGCACUGACGCCAGCGCUAUGGACGUCGACACCACAUCAUCAGCCACUCCCAAACCCGCCGUCGUCAACCUUACCACUCUAAACUCAGGCUCGGCCGAGCAAGAAAAGGCCGAACCCGAAAUCGACUUCUCUCCCCUCGCCCAGAUGAUCCGCUCCCUUUACUCUGGCCACUACCAAAACUUCUUCCACGCCCUCAGCACAGUCGAGACCCAAUUCCUCGCUCAAGACCGCUACCUCUACGAACAUCGCCGCUGGUACGUCAAGGAGAUGCGCCUGCGUGCCUAUGCGCAGUUGCUACAAAGCUACAAGGUUGUGGGUCUGGAGAGCAUGGCCCAGAGCUUUGGUGUCAGUGUUGAUUGGCUGGACCGUGAUCUGGCUCCUUUCAUUGCCAGCCAGCGUCUUCCUUGCACCAUCGAUCGCGUCAAGGGUGUUAUCGAGACACAACGUGCUGGCGACAAGAACAAGCAGUACACUGAUGUCGUCAAGCAGGGUGAUCAGCUGAUUACCAAGCUGCAAAAGUACGGUCAGGUCGUCAGACUGCGCGGUAGUGAGAGAACUUAG